AUGCGCUCCUCAUCGUGGACCACUCUCCGCAGAAGCAGUACAUUUACUACCAAGUACAAAUAUGAAUCAACACUCGACUCGACACAUAUUCGUCUUGUAAAAAUCCGUCCGCGAACACGCAGCCUCUUAUCGGAGAGGUUAAACAUCGAUGUGACCACUCAUACUCUGGAUGAAGCAGAGGCACUUGGCUACCAUGCACUAUCUUAUACCUGGGGUGCACCAGAGGGAGAAAACAAGCGCAAAAUUUCCGAGUCAUGUAUACUGGUGAACGGCAGUAGAUUGUAUGUCCAGCCGAACUUACUCGGGGCACUCAAGCGCUUCGAAGAGUUUGAUUGGUAUUUGUGGAUCGACGCAAUAUGUAUUGAUCAGACCAACCAAAGGGAGCGCGAGAUCCAGGUUGGCAUCAUGAGCGAGAUUUACGGCAUGGCAGCCCGAGUCGAUAUCUGGCUCGGUGAUGGCGGAAGCGAGGCAGCUGAGGCUAUUCGUUUGACACGGACACUUUCCAGCUUGGCUAAGGAGACACAUGGAAGCCAAGUGAGCCUGGACAAAAGCGACAUCGAGAGUUCAGGCCUUCCACCUAUUCCUUCUGAAGCCUGGAAGCCCUUCGUUGGUCUUCUGGACCGGAAUUGGUUCCGUAGAGCUUGGGUGAUUCAAGAGACCGUCCUAGCUCGGCAGGCGUUUGUGUGGCUGGGAAACAGCGAAUCCAUCUCCUGGGAACAGCUCGCCUCAGCAUUGAUGAUGAUUCAAAAAUUAGGCUGGUAUCCCAACGCGACUCUGGCCAUGGUCAAGGUGGAGCAUAUUUCAUGGACGCCAGGACCCUACGCCAUUCACUUCAUCACCGUGAUCAGGAUGUCCCUCGAAAGCUUGAAAACCCCCCAAGAUCACCCACAGAUUUCUGUUAUUGAGGAUCUCACAGGCCCUAAUAAUUGGAAAACGACCGCCAGUUCUCACUUGGCUUACAUGAUGAUGGUAGGCCAUAAGUUCAAGGUCACGAAUGCUCGUGAUCGGGUUUAUUCGUUACUGGGAAUGGUCAAUAUUGCCGCAGGCCAUAUGGGACUUCCUCGAUGCGAUCUGGAAGUUAAUUACGAUGCUUCAGUUGCUGAGGUGUUUACAGCCGCAACGGCUCACAUCCUGAAUCAUUGGGAUUUACCCUCAUGGGUGCCUAAUUUCUCCAACGAGCCAUCUGCUGCCAGAACUGCCCCUAUCCUUUUCCCCUGGGCCAGAGGCAAAGUUCGAGUGGACGCAGCACGAUACAGCGAGAUUGGCUCUCUGGGAUUCAGCAUUACUGGCUCGAGGCUCUCUGUGCAGGCCCAGCGUAUCGGACAGAUAUCUCCAUGGCCUUAUCCAUUCUACAUGCUCGCUUACUACUUUCACGUCGAACCCUUUGCGGCCCUUCUACUACGGUGCGGCAAGCGUUACAAAAUAACUGGAGAGUUCAGUAUUGAAGCUUGUUGGCGUACUUUCAUCUUUGGCGCAAAUAUACACGAUUCAAUAGAUAUCUCGGAGCUUGGGGCUUCCUUCAAAGCCUGGCUAUGCUACAUCUUAUUUCAAUACUUGAAGGUCUGGGACACCUCCACGACGGUCGACCAACGACUUGUAAUGUUAGAACAAUUGACAGACUUCCAGUCUCUGGUGGCCCAGGGUGGGGACGAAGCUUCCGAUAUGCUUCCCAAUAUUGAAUGGAUCAAACAGAUGCUGCAAAGGUUAGGUGCCUCUGACCCUCAGGACUCACAGCUAGCUUCAAUUUUUUCAUUCAUGGCGAGGACUUCCUCACUGGGGGGUUUUUCCGAGGAGUUUGACUCUGAGUGGACGUCUGUGGUGGCUAAGGAGCUUGCAGACACCUUUAUACUGGCUGCUAAGUACGCGUCGAUAAUAGGAGUAUUUGCUGGUCAGCGGCGAGUUUUCCUGACAGACGAAGGGCAUCUAGGACUGGCUUUCGCGUCUGCACUAGAAGGAGACAGUGUCUGGGUGGUUUCAGCUUGUCCGGUGCCGUUGGUUAUGAGACCUCGAGCUGACGGUACUUUUCAACUGAUCGGAGAUAGCUACGUUCACGGAAUCAUGGAAGGCGAAGCGAUAAAGGAUAACAGUUGGGAGGAAAUCACCAUAACUUAA